AGGGAGCUGGCGGCAAACUCCCCUCCAUAGCUGUAUCCAUCGGCUGGUGAAGGUCAAAACACUUUGCCGAGAAGGUAGAAGGAUGGGGAGGAAGAACUCACCGGACCUCUCUGCACUCUGCAGUGAGCAGGACAUGGAGUCGGCGUCCAUAUGAGCGUUGCAGCCACGCCAACAACUGGGCAGCGGCGACAUCUGCAUCUCCCACCUCGUCUCCCUCCCGUAUCUGCAAGCCUUGAUCCCGCCGCCAGCCAUCCAUCCAAGGGAGCCAUGUCUCCAUCCGGCGAGCUGCUGGCUUCCAUCUCCUCCGUCUUCACUGUCGCCUUCGUCCUCCUCGCCUGCGUCGAGCUCGGCGACGCCGCCGCCGCCGCCGUCGGCGUCUACCGCCUCAUCCAGUACGACCUCGCCGGCGCUCCGCUCGGCUCCCGCGCCGCGGUCCUCAACCACCACGCUGCCGCGCUCCCGCUCCCCGCCGGCGCAGACCUCUCCCGCUCCGCCCUCGUCGCGCCGCUCCUCGACCUCCCGCUCUCUUUCCUCAGAGAGUACCUGGUGGAGAAAAAACAUCUGGGGGGAUUACUCAUUCUGCUCCCGACAAAUAAUGACAGUGUGGAUGACAAGGGGCAAUUCAAAGGUGUACUGACUGAGCUGGAGAAGUUGCUUCUGCAUGAACAAGUUCCAUAUCCAGUGUACUUUGCUUUGCAUGACGACAAUCUUGAUAACCUGCUGGCAGAUAUCCAUAGAAUUGCCUCCACAGGUCAACCAGCCUCUGCAACAACAGGAGGUUACAAACUUGUCGUAUCCUCAGCAGAGCCUAGAAAAGUGUCAUCUCCAACCAUUUCUAAUAUCCAGGGAUGGUUACCUGGAUUUAAAGGAGAGGGUGAUAGCGAACAGCUUCCGACUAUUGCCAUAGUUGCAAACUAUGACACCUUCGGUGCUGUACCUGCACUUUCUGUGGGAAGCGACAGCAAUGGAAGUGGAGUUGUGGCUCUUCUAGAGAUUGCGAGACUAUUUUCACGUCUGUAUUCAAAUCCUAAGACAAGGGGCAAGUACAAUAUUCUCUUUGGGUUAACAUCUGGUGGACCCUACAAUUACAAUGGAACUAGCAAGUGGCUUAGGAGUUUUGAUCAGCGUGUACGCGAGAGCAUUGACUACGCAAUUUGCUUGAACAAUGUUGGUUCCUGGGGCAAUGACCUCUGGAUGCAUGUAUCAAAGCCUCCAGAAAAUCCCUAUAUCAAGCAAAUCUUUAAAGAAUUUUCAGAUGUUUCUAAAGAAAUGGGUGUUUCAGUUGGAAUCAAGCACAAGAAGAUUAAUGUCUCAAAUCCCAGAGUAGCAUGGGAACACGAACAGUUCUCAAGGUUUAGGGUGACUGCACUUACUCUUUCAGAAAUGUCUACCCCUCCUGAUUUUUUGGAAAGCACUGGCGGUCUUCAUGACACUAGAGAAUCUACAGAUGCUGAGUCAGUAAUCCGAGCUGCCAGAUUAGUUUCUGAGAGUCUUGCGAGACGCAUCUAUGGACUGAAGGGAAGGAACAUAGAUGUUUUUGCAGAGAAUAGCAGCUUAGCCAUUAAUCCUCACUAUAUCCGGUCCUGGUUGGAUCUGUUGUCACGGACACCACGGGUUGCACCUUUUCUGCAGAAAAAUGACCCCUUCAUAGCAGCACUGGAAAAGGAACUGUCUGCACACACUACUGAUGUGCGUGUUCAAAGUGAUGCGCUUGAUGGCAUGUUCACUUUCUAUGAUGCGACGAAAGCAACUCUAAAUGUCUACCAGGUUGCAGGUGUUACUUUUGAUCUGCUGUUCCUUCUGGUGCUCGGCUCCUACCUGAUUGUUCUCUUCUGUUUCCUAGUGAUUACUACACGGGGUGUUGAUGAUCUCAUUAACAUAUUCCGGCGGCCUCCAUCACGCAAACUCAAGGGUGCAUAGGCUAGGCUGUGUUUUGUGUAUUAGCGCCAGCCAAGAGACCGCAUGCCUAGUAGUCAUUAGAAGAAGAGAUAGAGAUGAGGAUGACAGGCAGGCAGGCAGGCUAGCUUGCUUCCCACAGCACAUAGACAAACAUUUUUUUUCCUUUUUGUGUCAGGAAUUUCGACUGUAAUUUAGCUGUAUUUUGGUUACAAUUCUGGCUUAUUCGGGGUGGACUGGUGGCGGUGUCUGAUGAGAGACAGAGAAGCACACACCACCACGCCGCCUCUGAACUUUGGAUGCUGAGAAAUUCUUGUCUGAAACACAAACACUGAAGGCCUGCCGUGCCUGUGUUUACUUGUUGUCUGAAAUAUAAAAAAUAAUAGAGAAGAGGAAUAUAAAGUCAAAGCGAAACGAAGCACCUACCUUGCAGGAUGAGAUACUGGAACAUGGAGAUAGGCCAAGAAGAUCGUGAUUGAAUUUCAGUCCCUUGAUUUUAGAUCGGACGGCCGAUAGAUAGAUAGUAGGAUGGAUAAGGCAGUGAGUGAUCCAGGGCCAAUGGGCCAUCCAACAAAGAGUCAGCCGAGUCUGCUCUGCUGCUCCAUCGGAUCUCCCGCGCGCCAAACCAUGCCGACGCAGCAAGCAUGUUCUGCUGCGGCAGCAUUGAGAUCGCGGCGGCCUUCCCCUGCAUCCACGACGACGACCUCCCGGCAGCUGCGGCUGCGUCCGCCUCGUGCCGCCACCGCGGGCGUGCGGCUGACGGUGUCGGACGCGGAGCUGGAGUCCCGCGGGUUCGCUGUGCGGCGCACGGCGGAGGGCAUCGACGUGGCGGCGCUGAACGAGGUGUUCGUGCGCGUGGGCUUCCCGCGGCGUCAGGAGGAGCGGCUGCGGCGCGCGCUGGAGCACAGCCGUGUGGUGUGGCUGUCGGCCGGGGAGGAGGAAGGGCGGCCCGUGGCGUUCGCGCGCGCGGCCGGGGACGGCGUGUUCAACGCCGUGGUGUGGGACGUGGUGGUGGAGCCGUCGAGCCAGGGCCUCGGGCUGGGACGCGCCGUCAUGGAGCGCCUCGUCGACGAGCUGCGGCGCGACGGCGUGGCCAACAUCGUGCUCUACGCCGAGACGCGCGUGGUGGGGUUCUACCGCCUGCUGGACUUCGCCAUGGACCCCGACGGCAUCAGGGGGAUGGCAUACUACCGCAAGUCCACUACUACCGCCGCUUGAUUCGUCUCGUCUGUCUUGAACUCAUUCAUCAAUGAAGGAAGUCGAUCGAAUUCCCUAAAGCCCCCCAUGUUUGUAUGAUGUAGAUAUGACAUGGUUUAUUUUUAUCACUCAUCUCAUAGUUGCUCGUUUAUUACCUUUCAUUUUAUAUUCCGCGAAAACGAUCUAGCUAGAACAUGUACUUAUAUUUCCCGCAAAUCAAGCAAUAUAAAAACCUCACUUCUUUC